AUGGCACCAAGAUUAAUAACAAGAAGUAAACAAGUCAAGUUUAUUGAUUUCACAGAGGAAAUUAAAAAAAGUUUCGCAAUUAAAGAAUCACCUAAAAAGCCUCGUACGAAGCUGGAAUCCUGGCAAAUACUCGCUCUAGAGAAGGCAUACGAAGACGACUCCCAUCCGUCGCAGAAAGCAAAAACAAGGCUCUCCAGCGCGCUGGGCCUCCAGAUAAAAAGCAUCCAAAUUUGGUUUCAAAACAAACGGGCAAAAGAAAAGUCCAGGAGAGAGCAGGACGAAACCGACAGCGAAAGCCUCUCAUACUCCGCAGACGAAGCGAGCAGCAACAGGUCCAGCGCAUCCAUCACCUGCACCAGCAAAAAUUACGAAAGCUACUCUGUAAAUAGUUCUUACACUCUGCUUCCUGAAGUAAGCCGAAGCAGCAUAUCGAUGGACUCCUCUGACGUAAGCAAAAUAAGCAUGACGUACAGCAGCAGCGGCAUCUGCAUGAAAGGAAUGGCGUACGAUGAGUGCUAUGGCAGCACGUCUUCCAUAUUUGAUGAAGGAAACACAACGAUCUGCUCAGAGUACGACUCUUUCCUGAGCUCUUUUAGCUCGCCCAUUGUGUGCAUGCCCUCCUACGACAGAAAAGACAGCGCGUUUAUCCAAGAGAAGCCUGAGAAUACCCUGUGUCUUGGCCUGGGCCUAGGACACUCCUCAGCUGAGAAAAGGUCCUUCUUUGUCAACAGCGAUCCUCUGUUCACCUCGCCUGACCAGUACAAAUGCCAGCUGAUCGACGGGAAUAUUAUAUAUAAAAAAGAAAACGACCAAAUGAGUUUCUUCAAUGAGCUGCAGCAGCACAUGAAAAACAAUAUUAUUUGA